AUGAUCACCCGGAAGAAAAUAUCCAAGACCAGGGGGAGGAGGAACCUCUUCCAACUCUACCUGAGUAUGCAGGAGGAGAAAUGUCAGAGUGAGGGGAGAGACCAAGACGAUGUCUAUGUGGAUUCUCCACACGGGAUUCAUUCAAACCACCAAACUGCUGUCCACUCAAGAGAAAACGCCCACAUUAUGCACCUAGAAAAACAAGUCAAAAUAAAAUUGGAAGAGCAAUCUAGCUUACUCUCCAUCAAGGGGAUUGACAGAGUGGAUAUCCAACAGAAGAAAGGAAAACAUUCAAUCAUAUGUAUUCAUUAUAUAAAAAACAUGUGCAUGAAAAAUUUGUUUUGUAAUUAUUUACAUCAAUUAAUUUAUGCAAAAAUACCAGCCUGUAAAAAUUUCCUGAAAAAUAAUUACUGCGCUGAUAAGGUACGAGGUUCUUGUAUGUUUCGACAUACCCAGGACAAUGUCAACUCAGGAGGUUUUGGAGAAAGUAAGGAUGAGCAUCUGGAUGAUGUAUUGAAGUUAUUGUAUGAUAAAAAUAUUUGUGUGAACUAUUUGUUGGGCUUUUGUAACCUAGGUUAUAACUGCAAGAGGGUGCACAAAUGUAAAAGUAGGAAAUUCAUUAACCUUAUAAGUAUCCUUCCGAAGUUUUAUUUGGAUAAUAUUUUAGUCAACCAUAGUUUGUAUGGGCAACUCUAUAGCAACCAAAGAAAGCUUUCCUCAGAUAUGAACAAAUUGAAGGAUGCCUUAAUUAUCCUUAGUGGAGAGAAGUACCAAGAAAAGACACCUUUGUCUGCAACAUCGAGUAAUCUAAAAAACGAUAAGGAAAUAUUUCCGACAGAUGAUACAUCUUUGAGGAAUUCAGAUCAUCAGCACCUACAGCAACACCAACGGGGAAUCAACAGUGAUACGCAGAGAUACCGCGGUGGAGGUUUAUCUCUUCAAAAAGACGACCAGAACGAUAGACCUGAGGGAGGUGGGAGUUAUCCAAAUGGUUCAAAUGCACAGAGCAACGCCAGGUAUUACCAUUCCAAAGUGGGGGGGAGUGGUGGUACUGACAAUUUUGAAGAUUAUGUCCACCCUGGUGAUAAAAUCACAAUGGCUAGUCGAGACAACGAAAAGGGAUUCACAAACAACAGGGUGGGUACAAACGCUGAGAAGAGGAACCAAGAAAAUGUGAUGACCAUCCCAAAUAUAUACGACAUAAACAAUAAUAUUAUCCCAAGUGAAAAAAUAAAAAUUUUUAUAAUCAAGUGUAAUCAAAUUUCCCACUUGUACUUAUCCAUUUUGUAUGGAGUAUGGGCCACGGGAAAAAACAACACAAGGAAAUUUAUCAACCUCUUUAAGGAAAAUUACACCAUCGUAUUUCUUUUUUCCGUUAAUGAAAGUGGAGGGUUUCAAGGUUAUGCAAAGAUGGUAACUGUACCGAUUAAAAAUCUGUAUGAAAAUUUAUGGGGACCCAUAUCAAAUAGAUUGGGGGGAAAUUUUCGCAUCCAGUGGAUAAAAAUUGCCAAAAUUGAUUUUGAUGCAUUUAGGAAUAUGAGGAAUCCGUGUAACGAUAAUUUGCCUCUGAAAAAAAGUAGAGAUGGAACUGAGUUGCCUCUAAAUUUGGCCUCCAUCAUAUGCAAUAGGAUCUAUGCUUUACCAAGUGAAGACUUCCUCGCAGGCACCAUUUAUGAGUACAAGCGCAGGAUAAACCAUGCCGCCUUUUUUCUGAAUUUGCACAAACAGGGUUUGCUCAACAGCAACACCGUUUGGGACAUGCGCAUAUAUUGCCUCAACAAGCAAUCCGACUGCGAACGGAUUACCUUCAUCGAUGGCACGGAACAAGCCAUUGGGUAG